GUUCAUUUCCUUCGAAGUCUGCAUCAAUAAACAAGCCCAAACGAGGGCUGCUUUAUUAUUAUACAGUAGGAAAUGAUAAACAUCAAAAUGAGCCCAUUCCACUGCGUUUACUAUCCCACAUUUUGAGUCUUAUCGUGGAUUCCUUAUCAGCCGGCAGUUUUUAGUUGGAGAUUAUCGGUGGCUUGAUGCUACUGCAGUGGGAAUGAGUACGAGGAACAUUUAAUCAGGGACAAAAAAUACUUCCUCAUCGGGCGGAUCUUAAGCUUGUCUCGUAUUUACCUAUCUGAAAGUUUUUGGAUGGAGAAACUUUUACUUCGAACAGAUAACCAUGGAAAAUUCAACUUUAGGCGCGUCUGCACCAACAAUAAAUGACAGCGACAUUCCACAAAAUUAUCUCGACAUUUUCAAUCAGCUAGCACCCCAGAUCUCAAUCAUAGACCGUGUCAUCUCACCCAUUUUCUACGUUAUAGGCCUAACUGCUAAUCCAAUCACAACAAAAAUAUGGCUCAGCAGGAAGAUGCGCAAGAACAAUUCUUCAGCUAUAUAUGUUGGUGUUUUAUCAAUCGUACAUACUAUUUUUCUACUUCUACACAUCGUUCAGGAGUUGAAUUUUGCAUGGGGGAUUGCAUCCUACACCAGGAUGUCGGUUAUGUGUGAGGUAUUCAAUAUGGCAAUUUAUGUACCUCAGUAUUAUGCACCCCUAUUGGUUCUAGCUUUCACCGUGGAACGGUACAUUGCUGUAAACCAUCCUUUCGUGAAGGAGAGAUUUUGCACCGUGAAGCGUGCAAUAUACGUUUCUAUAGGUCUACUUAUAUUUUCGCUGCAAAUAGCAUCGCUGCAGACGUAUAUCUGGCAGUUUCAUCCCUCCGAAAGAACAUGCUACCCGUCAGAGGAUGUGGAACAAUUUGAAAAGAUUUGGACUCUGACGACAGAACUGACGUUAUUUAUGUUUGUUCCCGUAUGCGUUCUCGUAGUAAACAUCUUAGUUAUCAGAGAGAUUAGAAGAAUUACAUAUCAAAGUGCUUUACCACAACAAACAAGGGGAUGUGGCGGCCAAACUUCAACAAUUACUUUAUUAUCAGUUUCUUUUUACUUAAUAUGCACGCUUCUUCCGGCAUCCAUUGUCUUCGCACUGCAAGGGGUUAUCAAACCCGGGCAAGUAACUGAUAUGGUCACGAUGGCCGCAGAUCCAAUGUGGAAAAGAUACCUGCGAUAUAUGACAAUAAGAAAAGUUGUAGAGGAAAUCUGUAUGUCCAACUAUUCUUGUUACUUCUUUAUUUACUAUAUUACUGGAGAAAUAUUUCGCAGAGAAGUUAGAAAACUGUGUUGUUGGAGACUUUUCAAAUCGAAAAAAGACAAAAACACAGUAUCCAGCAAAACAGAAUACACUUUAGUGACCACUGACAAUACACAUAUCAAACCAGAGAAGGCAAAACAAACAGCGCCAAACAAUUCGGAAUAUACAUUAGUUGCUACUGACAACACGAAAAAAUAUGAAAGUAGUACAGCAAUAUGACACUUUUCAUUAUAAUUUCGCGUAUACAUUUUUUCCUUCAUGGUACAGAUUGCAACUUUUAAAAUAUCCUGCAAUGCUUGAAAAGGACAUUGUUAUUGUAUACAUGUACUAAGUCAAAACAGUAUUAUUUUCAAUGACGUGAUGAUGACAAUAGAAUAUAGACGUAUUUUCAGGAAAAAUAUGUUGCAAUAUUCUGGUUGUAUAUUAUUCAAGAACUAUGAAACUUGUGUGCAAUAUUCAUUUUUUGUCAAUGUUUUCUGAUUCACGAAGCUCAUAUCAUUAUAAUCAUAAGCUUCCUCAUCGUUUUUAAGCUAAACUUCAGCAUAACGUAGCAACUGUCAUCAGUUCAUAAUAAAUCAUUCGAUUCUCAA